AUGAACUAUGAUAGAUAUGAUUAUGAUCCCACAGAGGAUAUUGUUAAUAUUCUUUCUGGAACAGAUUCUCUUGACCAGCUUGGGGAGCUAAUAGCUGUGACGAAUAAAUAUAAAUUGCAGUUAGAGGCAGAAAUACGUGAGGAGGUUGAUGGGGAGAUACCUGGAAGUGAUCAUGAGAAUAUUGAAGAUCUUGUAGAUCUAACAAAAGAUAUACAAGAGGUACAAUUGUUGUCCAGGACUACUGAGUGUACUAUUUCUAAUUUGACUAAAGAUAUUUCAUACUUGGAUAAUGCCAAGAGGAAUUUAACGCAGUCUAUGACAUGGUUUCAGAAUUUGAAGGCUCUCGGUGAUAUGUACGCUCAGUGUGUGAAACAUAUUGAGACGAAUAAUUUUAAAGAGAUGGGUACGCCAUAUUAUAUGAUGGUAUCCCUUAGUAUUUCGUUUCAAGAAUAUCGGUCGGUUGAUGAGAUUAACAAGCUGUUAAGUCAGGUGGCUAAGUUAGAGGAGGAAACGGUGAGCCGGAUUAAGCUUUUAUAUCGGAAGUUGUUUGAGAACAAGGGAGCGUUGGAGGUAGAUGAGUCAGAGUUUAGAGAUGGAGCUUGUACACUUUUGGAGGUGAAUGGAACGGCAAAGUUUGAUGUUAUUGAUUGGUGUUUGGAUAGAAUCCUGUAUGAAAUAAGGGAGAUAUUCCACGUUGAUGAUGAAGCAGGUUCGCUGGAGAAUAUAUCUCGUAGGUAUUUGUUUUUCAAAAAACUAUUGAACAAUUUCCAGGUUAAUUUUGCGACAUACUUCUCUCCUGACUGGGAUAUGCCCUUGAGGCUUGUUUCAACGUUUAUUAUUUUUACGAAGCACGAUGUUGAGAUUUUGCUUUCAAGGGAAAUGAAGAAGGAACCAUCUUUGGAGUUAUUUGUUGAAGCAUUGCAAAGCACUAUUGAUUUUGAAAAAUACAUAAACGUUAAGUUUUCAAAUAAACUGAACAGCAUAUCGACGGAGAAGAUUUCUUCAUGCUUUGGGCCGUUUUUAUCCCUAUGGAUUACACAUCAUGAUCGUGUGAUGAAUUCAAAAUUGUUGACAUAUAUGAGUGAACAGAAGCUUCCCAACACGUCGGAUUCCCAUGUAGUGCCUUCUAGUGCAGAUUUAUUUCGCACCUAUCGUUCGAUCCUAACCCAGACUUUAGAAUUAAUUGAUGGGGAUGGUAGGAUGACCGUGCUCGCUGAUUUAGCAAAAUUCUUUUCUAAAUGGCUUAUUGAAUACUCUAACAAGAUUUUACAACCUUUGUUACUUCCUGAGAAUGCAAAAAUUGAAGAUAAACGGGAAGUUAUAUUAUACACCAUAUUAAUGAUCAACACUGCAGAUUACUGUUCUAUAACCUCGGGACAGUUGGAAGAAAAAUUGCAAGAAUAUGCAAAAUCUUCGGACGCUAUCUCUAAGAACUUUGAGAAAUCUAAGGCUAACUUUGGAACGCUCAUAUCACGAGGUAUACAAUUUCUCAUUGUGCAUAUCGUGUCUCCUGAAUUGAGGUUCGCUUGGAGAGAGUUUUCAAAUUAUGAUUGGCGUCAUUCUAUGGUAGAAGAUUACAGUAGAUAUAUCGUCACUUUGAAGCACAUAUUGUCAGCUGAAGAGAACCAGGAGAGGACAUUGUUACAAUAUAUGCUUUCUCAAUUCAACAGGGAUGUAUAUGUGUGGAAUUUGUCAGACAAAAUUGUUGACCAAGUGACAGUUGAAUAUUUACGUUGCAUUGUGGAUUUAUUAAAAUCUCAGGAACCGUUUGGCGAUAUUAAUACCAAGAGACACCUUUCAGCCAAACAAGUCGUUCAUAUUGCCGAACAAUUGUUAUUAGAUGUACAACUACUCAAGGAAGCUUUGAAGAAACUUCCAGAUUCACUGCCGAAUGUGAGUUCGGGACAAAAUAAUAGGGUAUUUAGACAUGUUGAUGCUAAUAUUCAACAAUUAACAGAUUUUAUAAACGUGUUGGCCAUCCAAGCUGAUUCUCCUGCAGUAUAUCAAGAGUGUUAUGACAGCAUCAUUAAAACUAGAAAUCAUGUGGUUUGGGCCUUAAUUCUAAUGUUGAAAGGUACGCCGUGGGACUUGGCAAUGUGGAAGUCAUAUUGGAUAGAAUUUAAAAAAGAGGAACCUCAGGCAACUGAAAAAGACAGAGACACUGGGUUUUUCAUAUUUGGUCGCGACGAGGGCAUAAUACGAUCCUUUGUUUUAGGCCUGUUAAGAAUUCCAGACCCUACUUGGAAAACAUUCAUAUCGGAUCAGUUGAGAAUUGUUAUUUCGAGACCAGCUAGUAGAACACCGACACCGCCUCCAACAACAAAUUCUGCGCCUGCUAUCAAUAAGACUAUAAAUGAAAAUUUCAAGAGCUUAGUCUCGAGCUCUAGGUUUUUCCAUAGAGGUGGCUAA